AUGGCUGCAAGUAUGAUCCUCCAUGCUGCGCUCUUCUGCCUACUUGCAGUACCUCUCCGUCUCAUCUGCUGUGUCCAACGGAGCCGGAAGCAUAACCUGCCUCCCGCGCCACCCAGUCUCCCUCUAAUCGGCAACAUCCAUCAGUUCGGCAAGCUCCCCCACCGCUCCCUCCAUUCGCUUGCCAAGAAGCACGGUCCUCUCAUGUACCUUAAGCUCGGUCGCCCUCCUACCCUAGUUGUCUCCAGCGCCGAGAUGGCUAAGGGGAUCCUAAAAACACCCGACAGGAACUUCUGCACCCCGCCCAAACGCGCGGUCGUCACCCGUUUCUCCUACGGGGGCCAAGGCGUGGCUUUUGGCCCAUACGGCGAGGGGUGGCGCCAGUUCCCCAAGAUCAGCACGCUGGAGCUGUUCACUGUCAAGCGAGUUCGGUCCUUGCGCCCCAUCAGAGAGGAGGUGCGCGUUCUCGUCAAAGGAAUCGCGGAAACCGCCAGCGCAGGUUAA